AUGAACAUCGAUGCCAUUGUCGUACCAGACAGUGUCAAGCCAAUCCCUCCGCAGUGGGUGAACGACGUGGAGCUGGAUGAGUUUGGGGCUGAGAUGGGUGACGUGAUCGGGGAGGGUCCCGUCCUCGCCUGGAGCACCGAGGAACGCAAGCAGCGUUACCAGCAUGCCCUGCGCAGACUGGACCUCAACGAGGAGAUGCUCAGCUCAAAGCGGAUCACGCUCAUGAGCAAAGGAGAGCUUGGUCAAGAAAAGAAGCGUGUGAAAGCGGAGCUGAAGCGCUAUGACACUGAUUGGAAGAAGCAGCACAGAGCACAGUUUCUCUGCGCUGCCAGCUAUGACAGUGACGACGACCUCCUUGGGAGGCGCAUUACCUGUAAGUGUUGGGGUCCCGUGCACUGGAAUGUUCCACGCUCCAGGCAACCUGGACCGGAGAGCGCGUUCGAGUCCCAGAGGGACUCAAGGGUUUGCAAAGAGUUUGCGAAGAGUUGGCAAAGAGCCGCGCUGUUCUCAAGUCGAGGCGGUCCGGCAGGCUGGAUCCUGAGCUUUGAGAGCACGAAGGGCAGCACUGUACUCGUACUGAUCGAGGCGCACGAACAAAGAGAAGACGGAGCAGCAGAUCUCGCAGCUCGAGGCCGCUUUGGGCUUCUGGCAGGAUCCCGGUUUGUGUUCUUCGAAUGUCAGGCGCGUGCCAAUUCGCUGCAGCAAGAGAAAGGCCUGGCAGCUUGCCAGUUUGCUUUCCCAACGACAACAUCCUGCGGCUUUCUGGUAGGUGCCAUCAGGACGAAGUUGAAGGAGUUCCAAGAAAGCGAUCGGCUUAGCAACCAUAUUGGAUCAAGAUAUGGUAUCUUAUCAUCGGUAGAAAAGGAAGAGGCGACCUGCAAGUAUACGGGUCCAGUAAAUGACAUCCUGCCCAUCGAGAAGGAGUACCGGAUGUACAAGAACAUCAAGGACGAGCUGCAAAAGGUCGAGAUGCAGUUGAGAAGCUUGCGCUUGAGCCCAAGCUAG